GGGGAUCAGACGACUUUUGCCUCCCGCGGGCUGCGCAGGGACCGGGCGGGGCGGCGCUCCGCUUCUUCCGAGCACCUCCGGGAGGAUGAGCAGCAAGGAAGAGCAGAGCAAGUGCUGCCCGCCCGCUGCUCCCGGCUCCACCUUCACCAUUCAGUCCAUCCUGGGCAGCGGCAGCGCCGACGGCCCCCGGGAACCGGGCCCCAAGGCGGCCCCGUGGCCCCCCCGAGGUCGGAACCUCUCCCUUUCCUCUGACGAAGAGGAACCGAACGAGAGCUGGAAACACCGCGCCUGCUUCUGCCCCGAAGCCCACGGCCCCGCCGAGCCGUGCCGUAAGCAGCAGCCCCUCGGCUUCGCCCGUCUCGGCAGCACCAAGGGCAGCGGAGCGGCUGCGGGCGGAGCGGAGCGGCCCCCCUUCCUCUCGGCUUCCCCGCAGGACUUUAAGGAGGACAAGGAGAAGCCGCUGGGACCCCCCUCGCCCUCCUACGGGGACCGACAGCGCGACGGCGGGGACCGGCAGGCCGGGGCCGCCAAGAAGAAGACGCGCACGGUGUUCAGCCGCAGCCAGGUGUACCAGCUGGAAUCCACCUUCGACAUGAAACGCUACCUGAGCAGCUCGGAGAGGGCCUGCCUGGCCUCCAGCCUGCAGCUCACCGAGACCCAGGUGAAGACGUGGUUCCAGAACCGCCGCAACAAGUGGAAGCGGCAGCUCUCGGCCGAGCUGGAGGCGGCCAACAUGGCCCACGCCUCGGCGCAGACUCUGGUGGGGAUGCCGCUGGUGUUCAGAGACAAUUCCCUCCUGCGGGUGCCGGUGCCGCGCUCCAUCGCCUUCCCCGCUCCUCUCUACUACCCCGGCAGCAACCUCUCGGCCUUACCGCUCUACAACCUCUACAAUAAGAUCGAGUACUGAGAGCCCGCCCGCCCCGUCGGGGCUGGGAGCGGCCGCGCCUCCCGGCUUCGGCUCCGGGACCGCCUGCGGGGCUUAGGGCCCGGGACUUCGGGAUUCGGCUCUGGAGGUUCUGCUCCGGCUCCGAGGCGCCGGGUCCGGGGAUUCGGGAUUCGGGUUCGGGGCCGCUUCCAGCGGCAAUCCGGAGAGGUUUGGAACUGAUGGGGGUGGGAGGGGUGAGGUCGGGGCUCCCCCUCCCCCCGCCCAGCGUUAUCCUGCCACUUGAAAAGAAAAUUAAUUAAAAAAAAAAAAAAAAAAAAAAAGAAAAGAAAAGAAGAAGAAGAAGCAGCGCUAUUUCAGAUCUGUACAUAUUUUUAAAGGAAAUAAAACGUUUUAAGCCUCGUUUGU